AUGUAUUUUCGCAGCCGGAAAUCGAGAAUCAGGGUGAUGGGUAGCGUAUUAGGAGCUCUUCGACCAGUUUUGGCAAUUCCGCAUUUGUUUUACCCGACUCCGCACAAUUUCAAACGCAGCCGGCGCAAGUUUCGAUUCAUGUCGACUCCGAAAGAGGAUUAUUAUGCUAGUCUUCGCGCUGGCAUGUCAAAGUGUCCUUAUUUGAGGCAGUUUCAAGACAGAAACCUCGUUCACAUGCAUCAGGGUGGACUCACAGUGUCUUCGUAUGACCGUUACGAUACUCAAUAUAAUCGAUACAGCCAAUGUCUUCAUCAGACGCAUACACGGGCGACUUCUCCUGGAAUUAUCCCAGACGCAGCCAUUGAGUCUGGGAAUUUGCUUCAACCUAGUAACACCUUUCUACCCGUCGACCACCCCGCAACACGCGAGAGGCUAGACGGAAACAUUCCUAUCUGGUCACCGACCGCUUUCUCUUACUAUCCAGUUGAUUACAACCAUUAUCGACUACCUUCAACCAUAGUACCGUACUACAUCCUACCAGCCAGCGUCAUUUUCAUCGGAUCGAACAUGUUUGCAAGCGUCCCGAUCUUGUAUCAGUCGCCAGAGACCCAUCAGUCUUCAAGCACUUCUAGCAGGGCAUCGAAGCAAGAUCUCCUUGUCAAUGGCAUGACGGUGAACCCAGAUGCUGUUGGUCACAAGAGCUCUAUGCGUCCUAGUAUGGCGGGCUCAUUAUCGGAUAUACCUCGUUCCCCCCGUCUGGACAGUGCCUUGGAAAAUCACACAAUGAACAUGUCGUAUCAUUGCUAUGAUCCUCCAAAUGAACAUGCGGCACCUGCCAAUUGGAUGCGAUUUGAGCUGGGAAAUGACGUGACCUUGAGUACUAACGAUAUGGGUGAUAAGCAACGUGCUAUGUUAUCACAGUUAGAAGAACUUUCCAGAGAAAGACGACCACUAGAGGAGCUCGAGAUGCAAGUGCGACGGCAGUUGGGGAUGAGCGAAGAUGCUGACUCAACCGAGGUUCUCCGAGUCCUUAGGACCAGGUACGAGGUGACGCACAACGGUGAUCAUCGCUUCUUGGAGGUGUUAAAAAACCUCAACAAGCUCUAUCAUCUUCGCCUUAAUACCAGUCGCAUUCAGUCGAAGCUCAUUAAAAAUUUCAAACUAGAAAGAUAUCCUCUUCCAUCAGGCCCCCCACACCGUGUCGAUGCUUCUCGAUUUUGGGCUGUGCUCAUUGGUAUUGACGAUUAUGCGUCCUACCCGCUGCAUGGUUGCGUAUCAGAUGCUAAAUCAAUGGAGAAGUAUUUGAUCGACGACCUCGGUGUGCCUAAGGGUCGCAUCCAAGUCCUUCUCGGGUCGAAGAAGGAAGUUUCCCUUGAUCCCACAAAGAAUCCUUCCCGCGCCAGCAUCAUUCGCACACUUCUCAGUGUCAUUGGCAAUCCCCAUAUCAAGUACGGCGAUAAUAUCAUCAUCUACUAUGCCGGACAUGGUUCUCGCUAUUCAUUUUCGGAGGAAGAUGACGAGCAAGCAGAAAUGGGAUUCGUCGAAGCACUGUGUCCCAUCGAUCGUGGUACCGCUGACUCCAACGGUAUUCCCGUCCCUGACAUUAGUGACCGGGAAUUUAAUACCAUCCUAACCCUGAUCGCCCGAGCCAAGGGACGCCGAAUCACAGCCAUUCUCGACUGUUGCCACUCUGGUGGUGUCACUCGAGAUUUACCUCCGCCAGAAGCGCGCACUGCUCCUCCACUGGACCAGACUCGGCUUCAGGCUAUGUUCCUCGCCGGGCACGAAUAUCUGAAGCGUUAUCCUGGCUAUCGCUCCAUUUUAAAGGAUGACUGGUACCCGGAUAUGAACUCUUUCGUUAUGUUGGCUGCAUGUGAGGAUUACCAGGUUGCGAAGGCGAAGAAGGUGGAAGGAGGGUCCGGAUACUUGAAGAAAGACACCACGUACGCCAACCUUGUUCAUGCUUUGGACAAAUGGGUUCAUCAGACGCCGCGUGCUAUUGGAAACUGCAAGGACAUGCGUAUCUGGUAUGAGGAUUAG